GUGGUGGAGAUUUCUACCAAGGUUGGUGCGAAGUACGGUCGCACGAUGUGCCAUUUUGUGGGAACUGAUAUUGUCACCGAUGAGAAGGUGGAAGAUACCGUGCCGUCUACUCACAUUUGCAACGUUCCAGUGGUCCGUACCGACUUUCAACUCGUAACUCUCGAGAAUGGCUACGUAACUGUUACGACGCCCGAGGGUGAUUUGAGGAGCGAUCUUCACCUUCCGACCAAUGAGGCUCUCGCCUCACAG